GUGUGCCAUAUAUACUGACAUCCCGGCUGGCCAUCUAUCUCCCUCCUUAUGCCAACGCACCGCCAUCACCUGAACUUGCUAGCUCGGCCACUUGUUCUUCCAUCUUCUUUUGCUUCUUCUCCAAUUCUUACUGCUGCUGUCCACGAGCGUUCGUUGUUCGAAGCUGGAUUUUUGAAGCUGCUGCUUGCAUGUACCUUUAAUUUGCUUGCUUUUCAGAUCCCUGAAGUGCCCACAUUCCCAGAUCUUGAGAGUGAUUGAGACGGUUGGGGAGAGAUCGUUGGAGAUGAAGGCGACGAAGAGCAGUAGCAGUACAGCAGGGAGGAGAAGCAGCGGAAGCAACAACAGCGGCAGCAGCGGCACAACGGCGGCAGUGGAGAGGAAGGAGAUCGAGAGGAAGAGGAGGCAGCGCAUGAAGAGCCUCUCUGUCAAGCUUGCCUCCCUCAUCCCCAAAGAACACUACUCCUCCGAGCUGGGUAACCUGGAGGAAGCGGCCGCGUACAUCAAGAAGCUCAAGGAAAGGGUGGACGAGCUGCAGCAACAGAGGAGCUCUGGACAGAUCUUGGCUGGCAUGAGAGGAGGAGGAGGUGCCUCUACGUCAGCGGCGAUGACGACGAGCGGUGGCGUGAGGUCAGAAGAAGCCGACGAGGAGGCCGCGGCGGCGCCGGUGGUGGAGGUGCGGUACCAUCAGGACGGGUCAAGCCUGGACGUGAUGCUGAUCAGCAGCGUGGAGCGACCGUUCAAGCUGCAUGAGGUGGUCACCGUGCUGGAGGAAGAAGGCGCCGAGAUCCUGAAUGCCAACUUCUCCGUCGCCGGCCAAAGAAUUUUCUAUACCAUCCACUCUCGGGCCUUUAGCUCAAGAAUCGGCAUAGAGGUCUCAAGACUUCCUGAAAGAUUAAGAGCACUGAUAUGAUGGAGUAUACGAAGUCCUACUCGUGUCACGUCUAGUCACAAUAAGUGGAUUCUUCGGCGACUUGCCACGUUCUGCCUCCUGCACUCUUAUACUACAUAUCGAACUUAUUUGGGAAAUCGUAUUCGUAUUGGACUUUAGAUAAUGACGACCUAAUGUGUAAGACCUUAAUUAGAGUUUAGGCUUGCAUGUGCACAAAUGUGGUAAUUUUUAUGGUUA